UCUUCCUUCCCUUCCACCAUGACGAACUGGGCCAUCUUCCUGACCGCAGCGCAGGCACCACCCAAGACACUCAACCGCGCACUCCUAUACAUGCACGACUUCGAGAACUCCCCGUUUCCGCCAGACUACGGCUGGAUACUGCUCAGCUCCAAGACGCUGCCGUCCAAGGCGAAGGCGCGCCGGCCCACGCGGGUGCCCAUCACCCCGGCCAUAUCGGCGAGCGAGUUCGCGGGCAUGUCCCUUGCGCAAGUCAACGCGUUUGUGCGCGCAAACAGCACGGCGCUCGAGAAGAUCGACGUUUCGGUGGCGGACUGGGCCGUGCUCGACCAGAAGGGCCUGGAAACGUCCACAUGUCUUGUUUGUGAGCAGGUUUACGACGGGGGCGAAGAGGGAGCGGAUGAGGGGCGGAUGACGGACGAGUUCCGCGCAUGUCGCAUUCCGUAUGAAAAGGCGUGGGGCAUGAUUGCGAACCUGGACAUUUCCAACAUGGACUUCGAGGACUUUAUUGACCAAGACGCGGGGGAGCAAGAGGACGGGAGUUGGCUCUAUUCUUCUACUCCAGAAGAUGAUGAAAAUGAUGGUGGGGAUGGAGACGGGGGAGAUGCCCCAGGGGAUGAGGACAACCCGGGUGAUGAAGAGGAUGAGGGGACGGGAAUCAAAAGGGAGGCGAUAUACGAGAUGCUGAAGGCCGGGAACCAUGUCGAUUGA